UGAAACUCUCUCAGUAUUUAGCGGGCGUUUCCUGAAGGCUUGAGCGUCUUGCAGGUCCGUGAAAUACUUCUGUAAGGAGCGAGGAAGGGUUACAAAAUAUUUACCAGCUUUGACUGCUUUCGUAAGGAAGAGGAUUUCAUUCAGACAACCCUGUGAAGUUUUUCCAGGAAGCUAGCAUCAUGCCAAAAAAAUCAAGUCGUCCUCCUGCAUAUGGUGGCAGACAUCAUCACCGAUCCACCCAUCGCAGAGCUUCUUACCACCCUGAUGAAAUGCUUCACUUUUACCGCUGGACAUCACCCCCAGGUGUCAUGAAGAUUUUGUGCAUCAUCAUCAUCAUUUUGUGUGUGGCUAUGUUUGCCUGCGUAGCCUCCACACUGGCAUGGGACUAUGAUGCCAGCGCCAUGGGCCUUGGGGGUCUUGGGGGUCUUGGAGGCAGCUAUAGUGGUGGAGGGUAUGGUGGUGGUGGUGGUGGUGGUGGUGGGCUUGGUGGAUAUGGAGGAAGCGGGAGUCUCGGAGGCUACGGCUAUGGAGGCGGCACGUACAUGGAUCCGAAAUCAGGCAAGGGCUUCAUCAUCGCAAUCGCUGCAAUCACCUUUAUUGCUGUGCUCAUCAUCUUCAUCCUGGCGGUGUCGAGACAGAACGCUGCACAGUCUCCCUCAUUCUACCUGGCCUCCAUCAUUAUUAGUGCCAUCCUGGCUGUACUAAUGCUCAUCGCCACCAUUGUGUACCUGGUCGCUGUUAACCCCACUUCUCAGACAUCUGGAUCCAUGAUGUAUAAUCAGAUCUUGCAGAUGUGUGCACAAUAUAAGAACCAAGAUCAGGCCUCUGGGAUCUUCCUCAAUCAAUAUUUAUACCACUACUGUGUAGUGGAGCCUGAAGAGGCCAUUGCUGUUGUUCUUGGGUUUCUGGUUGCAGUCGGAUUGAUCAUCUUACUUGUUUUCGCUGUGAAGACCCGAGGGCAGAUCAGGAGAUACGGCAGGGAGCGUGUUCUGUGGUAUGAUGUGAAGACCAUCACCGACGGCCUCACGUCUCAAGGCAUUGGAGAAUGGGUAAAUAAUGUGUCUGGAGAUCCAGAGGCUUUUGUCAAUGACCACAAUGACCAAAUCAGUGUUGCACAGCCAAAGGUUCACAGCCAGAAACCAAUUUACCUUCCAAGUGGUUCUGACUUGAUGAGGUCUUUAAGUGGAAUGAAGGGCAAACUGAGAGACUAUGACACUGGAGAGUCUGGAGAUGAGCUGGACACUGGCUAUGAAAGUGAGUAUCCUCCCAUCAUUAAUGAGCAGGAGAGGCUUGGGUACAAGAGAGAGUUUGACAGAGACCACAUGGAGUACAAGCGUCUUCAGGCUGAGCUAGAUGAUAUUAAUCAGGGCUUGGCAGAAGCAGAUCGAGAGCUGGACAGCUCACAGGAAGGCAGCCCACAGUUCAUGGAUGCCAUGGAUGUAUACAACAGGCUCAAAGGUUUAAAGAAGUCUGCAGACUAUCAGAUGAAAAAGAAAAGGUGUAAACAGCUGAAGACAAAACUGUCCUUGAUCAAAAGAAGAGUCAGCGACUAUGACCACAGACAAUAAAACCUGGCAAUGGAAACUCAGGAGGGUAUAUUAUGUCACAUGAUGUUUUUUUUUCAGGACUUUACUGUAUCUGUAUUUCUGUAUUAAAAAUCUGCAUCACUGUAUUAUUAUCAAGAACUGUAUGGCUGCUGUAUGACAAGAGUUUUGCUUUUGAGCCAAACUAAGCUUGAUCAAAAUAUUGUGGUAUCAAUGAAGUAUUUUGUUUUAUUUUUUAAAGCUAAAUGAAGUCUCCUUUUAACCUUUUAUCUUUUGCCGCAGACAUUUAGUCAAGUCAAGGUUAGUGUAUAUCUUAAAAACAGUGUUGGGCAGUAACUAGUAACUUAGUUACUGUAAUAAUAUUACAUUUUGCAGUAA